CCGCCCCCACGGCAGAUGGAGGAGGUCCUGCAGCUGGGGGACGAGGUUCCGGAGGCGGCACUGGACAGCAUCCUCGAGGCCCAGCGGCCCACCCAGUGCUGCGUCCUGGUCUACACGUCGGGCACCACGGGCAGCCCCAAGGGCGUGAUGCUGAGCCAGGACAACAUCACCUGGACAGCGCGGUACAGCAGCCAGGCCGGCGACAUUCAGCCAGCAGAAGUCCAGCAGGAGGUAGUGGUCAGCUACCUGCCCCUCAGCCACAUCGCUGCCCAGAUCUACGACAUAUGGACGGGCAUCCAGUGGGGCGCCCUGGUGUGCUUUGCUGAGCCGGACGCCCUGAAGGGGAGCCUGGUGAACACCCUCCGGGAGGUGGAGCCCACGUCCCACAUGGGGGUUCCUCGGGUGUGGGAGAAGAUCAUGGAGCGGAUCCUGGAAGGGGCGGCCCAGGCUGGCUUCCUCCGGCGCAAGAUGCUGCUGUGGGCCAUGUCGGUCACCUUGGAGCAGAACCUGAACUGCCCGGGAAGCGACCUGAAGCCCUUCACAGCCAGGCUGGCAGACUACCUGGUGCUGGCCAAGGUGCGCCAGGCGCUGGGCUUCGCCAGGUGCCAGAAAAGCUUCUACGGCGCAGCGCCCAUGGCCGCCGAGACGCAGCGCUUCUUCCUGGGCCUCGAUAUCCGCCUGUACUCCGGCUACGGGCUCAGUGAGACCUCGGGCCCCCACUUCAUGUCCAGCCCCUACAACUACCGGCUCCACAGCGCUGGCAGGGUGGUGCCCGGCUGCCGCGUGAAGCUGGUCAACGAGGACGCAGACGGCGUGGGGGAGAUCUGCCUGUGGGGCCGCACGGUCUUCAUGGGCUACCUGAACAUGGAGGACAAGACGCGCGAGGCCAUCGACGCAGACGGAUGGCUGCACACGGGUGACACUGGCCGCUUGGACGCCGAUGGCUUCCUCUACAUCACGGGGCGGCUCAAGGAGCUCAUCAUCACCGCGGGCGGGGAGAACGUGCCCCCCGUGCCCAUCGAGGAGGCUGUGAAGUCCGAGCUGCCGGUCGUCAGCAACGCCAUGCUCAUCGGCGACCAGAGGAAGUUCCUGUCCAUGCUGCUCACCUUGAAGUGCGCCCUGGACCCGGACACCUCGGAGCCCACAGAUAACCUCACGGAACAAGCCGUGGCCUUCUGCCAGGGGCUGGGCAGCAAGGCCACCACAGUGUCCGAGAUCGUGGGCCGCAAGGACGAGGCCGUGUACCGGGCCAUUGAGGAGGGCAUCCAGAGGGUCAACAUGAAGGCCGCCGCCCGGCCCUACCACAUCCAGAAGUGGGCCAUCCUAGACAGGGACUUCUCCAUCUCCGGGGGCGAGUUGGGCCCCACCAUGAAGCUGAAGCGGCCGGCCGUGCUGGACAAGUACCGAGACCUCGUGGACGCCUUCUACCGUGAGCACAAGCCGUAGUGCGGCCAGGCCUCGGCUGCUCCCGCCCCUCGUCCAGCCGCCCUGUGGCCCGACUUUAAGGGCCAGUUCAGGCUGCCCCAGGGCGGCAGGGCCGGGGCUGGCACACACCUGGCAGGGACCCACCUGUCCCCCUAACGCCCACUGCCCCCCAUUAAACUUCCUAACCACC